AUGGGUGCUGCGGAUGUGCUGCUGGACUUGGCAGCCACCUGGAGCGGCGCUGGGCGCCCCGGCAGCGGCCGCGGCUUGGACGAGGCCCCAGAGCCGCCGCUGUGGCGGCAGAGGGUGGCCGCCGCCGCCGCGGCAGGCCGGCUGGAUGCCGCAGGCGGCGGCAGGGCGCCGGUCAUCUUCAUCCCGCCGCUCACGGGCGUGCAGCUGGAGCUGUCGCUGCACAACAAGCCCGCCGCCCCGCACUUCUGGUGCCGCCGCAGCACACGGGGCUGGCUGCAGGCCUGGUUCAACCCGCGCAUGCUGCUGCCUUGGACCAUCGACUGCUGGGCAGACAACCUCAGGCGAGCGACGGUGGAGUGUGAUGGCGAGGGCGGGCGCUGCGGCGACCCCGCCGGCGUCGCGGUGAAGCCCGUGCCUGGCUUCGAGAGCGGCAUGCGGGUGGCGCCAGGUGAGGAGGAGGAGGAGGAGGAGGAGGAGGAGGAGGAGGAGGAGCUUGAUCGGCGCCUGCCGGCCGUGUGCGGGGCAGCAACAGGCGAGUACUUUGAAACGUUUGCCCCGCUGGCGGCGGCGCUGGAGCAGCUGGGGUGGCGGCGAGGCACCGACAUGCUGGCCCACCUCUACGACUGGCGGCUGCCGCCUGGCGAGUGGGUGCAGCCGGGCGGGUACUUUGAUGCACUGCAGCGCCAGAUCGAGGAGGCGGUGCAGGCUGCUGGCAGGCCGGCAGUGGCCAUCUCGCUCAGCAUGGGGGCGCCCUACCUGGCCCUCUUCCUGCGCCGCCACGUCGCGCCCGCCUGGCAGGCGCGCCACAUCGCCGGCCACAUCGCCAUCUCAGGCGGGCCCACCAGCUGGGUUUGGGGCGGCUGCCUGGACGCGCCGCUGACCACGGUGGCAGGCGCCGACGGUGCACAGUAUGGGCGAGCGGCGCUGCGCACCCUGCUCCGCGCGCUGCCAGUCCUGCCCUGGCUGGCCCCUGCCCCCGCCGUGUUUGGCGGCAAGACGCUGGUGGUGGAUGAAGCCACCGGCAAGCGCUACACGGCCCAAAGCCUGGGGGCGUGGCUGCGCGCGGCGGAGGUGUGGGAGGCUAGCCUGCAGUACAUGGAAGACCUGUCCGCCCCACCCAACCACACCCUGUACUGCCUGUACAGCACGGGCAUCGAGACGACCACCGGAGUGACUGUUUCCCUGCCGGGCCUGAGCCCCCGCUACAAGCAACAGUUCAGCGACGGCGACGGAGUGGUGCCGCUGCGCAGCCUGCAAGCGUGCGACGCGUGGCAGCAGGCGGCGCCGGCUGGGCGCGGCCCAGCCUCCGGCGCUGGCGGCCGGGCGUCGGCGUCGGGGAGCCCUUCUGUGCACAUCCGACGCUACCAGGGCCUGAGGCACGCUGCGCUGCUGCGGGACGCACAGGCCUUUGCAGACAUUGUCGAGGCGGUACUGGAGCUGGCGGGGCCUCGGGCAGUCGGUGCCUGGAGCUGA